UUGAAGAUGACAUUAGUAUAGAUAGUUAUAGUUCUGAAAGAUUAGAUGUUAUAAGUAGACAAAAUUACUAUCCUAUUGGAGGUGAAACUGAUACCAGCAUGGGUAAAGUUGACACCAAUUCAAAUACUUAUACUAGUACAGACACUUAUAGUUCUAAUGAAUUAGAUGUUAUUAGCAAACAAGAUAAUGACCUGAUAUUUGAUGAUCAAGAUAUAUUUAAUAAUCAGAAAAUCAGUAAUAAAUUUAACCUAUCUGAUAGUCAAAAAAUUUUGGACCAAACUAUUACUUGUGACAUGAUCAUGAACAAAGUUGAUGAAUUGCAGAGUGAUGAUAGUAAACAUAAUAAUGAUAAUGGAAUAGAUAGUUCAGGUUUUCCAAGUGUGGCAUAUUGA